UUUCUAAUUAUCAUUUCCCAAGCUAUAAAGAAAAUAUUUCUAUGACAUAUUUCUAUAUCUUCAAAUUCCGAGGCAUCUGGGCAAGAUUUUAAAAAACAAAUAGCCAGUCUGGUUCAAUAACAAUGUUGCCUUGUUUGUGACAGAGAACAUGUACCCAGAAGACAUUUGGAAAACUGUCUGUUAGCUUCAUGUCACAAUCAUAUUUUUAAUACACCAGAAAGCCAAGAAUAUGCUUACAAGAAAUGAAACCCUUCCAUAUCAGAAACAUGUUCAGAGAAAGAUGACAAGAAGCACAGUCCAAGAGCAGCACUAAACAAUGUUCUCAAUUGCAUCAACAAGAAAAGCUCAUCCUCAGUAGAAGAAACCACAGCUCCUUUCAUAAGGACCGGAGGACAGACCACAACCAAUACUCUCUAUGCCUGUAAAGUAGUCAUGGCUUUGGACCUUUCUUCAUCAUCUCCUAGGGCUAAGAGACACUGAAAAGAUAAUCAGAUGCUUUCUGAGAUGUAUCGACAUUUUCUUCAGCAGAAGGUGCUCUUCCACAGUUCCCAGCUUAUCUUUGCCAAAGUUAUGACUUUACAAGCCAAGUAAGCAGGACAUAUUAUCCUCAACAUUAUGUGGAUCCAGAUAACUACAAUUUUUAGAAGAAUUAUUCUACACUUCAUGCAAAAGAUAAAGCUCCUUUUUUGCUCGUUAUUUGUCUACCUGUGAAAAAUUGGGAUUACAUCUGGGAUUGUUGCUCAAGAGCUCAAGAGGAAUUUCAUGGUAGCCAAAUUAAUAUAUUUUUUCAAUCAAAUUUCUAUGGGGUACAAAUAGAAAACCUUGACCAAGUUAGGAGAUUGGAUGGUAUUGUAAAUGAAUAAGAAGAAAUAGGGACCCAAAUUUGAGUCAAAGAGGGCGCAAAUUAUGGGGCGCAAAGUUUCAAGCUUGCUAAUGAGUGAGCAGGACUUUCCUGUUCUGUUAACAGAAGAAUUAGCCACAUGCUGAUCACUUUUUAUCCUUUUUCCACUGCAGCUACUACACAGGACACCUUAGUUGUGAACUUCAGAAGGUACAUUUUUGGCAAUUAGGUUUUGGAAGGCAAAUCCCUCUUCGCUUGGCCAAGAAACACUUGUGAAAGGGUGGAGUCUAUCUUUUCUAAAUCAUAAACUUUAAAGAAAAGCUAGAUCUAGUGGAGCUCUAGCGCAAUGGAAAGUCCUGAGUACUGCGAGAUAAACUCAAAUAUGACUCUCGACUACAUAGACCAACUAUUAAUGGAGGACUCUGAUGAGAAGGCCAGCAUAUAUCAGCGACAUGAUGCACUUCAGGCCACAGAGAAGCCUUUUUAUGACAUUCUUGGACAGGCAUAUCCAUCUUCACCUAAGGAUACAAGGAUCAGUACAGAUAGUCAAAUAGAUUGUCUCCAAGAUAGUAGCAGCAGUUAUACUAAAGGGGCAUGCAGUGGUAGAUUUGUCAGUGAUAUUCUUGGGCCUCAGGGUAUGCACCUGGUAGCCAAUGAUUGGGCUUCUGAAUGUGAUCAUUUUUCUUUGCAAUUUCAGAGAGCAGCGGAGGAAGCAAAUAAGCUUGUUCCCAGUAUUGAGAGGUUGAUGGUUGAUCUGGAUAGUAAUGGCCUUUCUGAUUCCAAUCAAAUGAUUGGGGAAGCAAUUGGACAAAAGAGCAAGCAUGUAGGCAAAAUACGGAGUCAUCCUCAUGUGGACUUAGAGUUGUUGGAAGCGAGGAACAGUAAGCAUUUGGCCAUCUCGGCUAGUGAAACAACGCGGGAUGAAAUGUUCGAUAGUGUUCUGCUCUGUGAUUGGCAGCUUCAUUGUGAUGCUGCCCACCUUAGAGAAAUGAAGGCAAAAGAAGAAAGCAACAGUCAACAGAAUGUUCAAAGCAAAAGAUAUGGCCAUGGGAAAGUGAAAUCACGAAGUAAGAAGAAAGAGGAGGGGAUUGACCUCAGGGCUCUUCUCAUCCAGUGUGCACAAGCAAUAGCAGUUAACAGCCUUCCGUUUGCUGGUGAGCUACUGAAGAAGAUAAGGCAUCACGCUUCACCAUAUGGAGAUGGUUCUCAGAGGCUGGCGAUUUACCUUGCAGAUGGUCUUGAGGCACGGUUGGCCGGGACAGGGAGUAAAAUGUAUCAGAAACUGAUGGAGAAACGAACAAGGGCCACAGACAUGUUAAAAGCCUACCGCCUUUUCAUUGCAGUGUGCCCUUUCACCAGAGUAGCAUACUACUUCUCCAACCAAACAAUUGCUGAUGUAUUGAAUGGACGACCAAAGGUGCAUAUCAUUGAUUUUGGCAUCACACUUGGCUUUCAGUGGCCAUCACUAAUUCAGCGCUUUGCAAAGCAAGAAGGUGGCCCCCCUAAGCUUCGUAUCACAGGCAUAGAUGUACCCCAGUCAGGUUUUCGCCCCUGUGCAACGCUUGAAUCAACAGGAAAGCGGUUGGCUGAAUAUGCAGAAAUGUUCAAUGUACCUUUUCAGUAUCAAGGUAUCACCUCACAAUGGGAAAAUAUCUGCAUUGACAAUCUCAAUAUUGACAAUGAUGAGGUUCUUAUAAUCAACUGCAUGUACCGAACGAAAUAUCUUGGUGAUGAGUUAGAAGACAUAGAUUGUCCAAGGGAUAGGGUACUGCGUAUCAUGAAGAGGAUCAACCCAGAGGUUCUCAUUCUUGGCAUUUCGAAUGGGUUGUACAGCUCCCCCUUCUUCCUGCCACGGUUCAGAGAGGUUUUGUUUCAUUACUCUUCGCUGUUUGACAUGCUCAAUACAACUGUUCUCCAGAGUCACGAAGAAAGGAUACGGAUAGAGAGGGAUCUGCUUGGGGCAGGCGCACUAAAUGUUGUCGCAUGUGAGGGUGCAGAAAGGAUUGAGAGGCCAGAGACUUACAAACAGUGGCAAGUGAGAAGUCUAAAGGCUGGGUUCAAGCAACUUCCUAUUAAUCAAGCAAUCCUGAAGAGAUCAAUAGAUGAAAAAAACAAGCAUUAUCACAACGACUUUGUAAUUGAUGAAGAUAGUGGCUGGCUGCUACAGGGAUGGAAGGGGAGGGUAAUGCAUGCAGUGUCCUCAUGGAAACCGAAAGAAUCAUAUACUAAUCAGAAAGAUCGAAGUAGAUCUUCGUGCACAAAUCAGCUAUACUAGUAAUGUAAUGAUGUAUGAGCAACUUUGGACAAUCUUCAGCAGAAAAUACCACAAAUUACUUCCUAUUUUGAUUGGAUAUUUGAGACAAUCUUGGACAAAGAUAUUUUACAUUUUUGGCCUUUGUUUAUCCUGUAGAUUCUCAUUUGAACAACUGUAAGUGCCACACUACACAAAGUGUAAAUGAGAUUUAAGGAGAUGGUGGGUAUAUCUGUUGAACUACUGUAGCGAGUAUGAGCACCCCGAUCUAUAUUAGGUAUAUCCGAAUGAACUACUAUAGCAAGUAUGAGCACCCUGAUCUAUAUUGCUCCAGGUUGUCCUCACCAGCGUCCCUAUCUUCGUUCUGAUUGCAAGGCCAAUGGAUAUCCCUAAGUGGGCAGUCUGGGCUAUUGACAAGAUUUCUUGAGCUUUUCAUUGGAAAGGAAGGAAGGAGAUCAAUUAAGGUAUUUGUCUUAAUGCCUAGGAAUUUGGAAAAAGUUGUAUGUGCCACGAGAGCUCUGAGGCUUGGGUAUUCAUAACCAUGAAAAACUUGGACGGGUUCCAUGGAUGCUCUGGUUGUGGCUCCAAAAAACACAACUUGAUGAACCUUGGUGAGCUGCAGUUAACUAUUCCUGCCUUCACUUCAGCCUUGUUUGCUUCCCAAUUACCACUCAAGUGGGCAAUGAUCAUAACGUACUGUUUUGGACUGAUCAUGGUCAUUGCCUUGUAGAGCUGGUGCCUACCUUGGUUGCUAGAUUCCGAGGAGGGCUCUCAAUCAGACUGUUGUCCAAGCCCUAGAAGACUGAAGUUGGAUCAGGGAUAUACAAGUUUGUUUAUAUAUUGAAGUCCUGAUUGAGUACCUACAAGGCUACAACUGUGGAUGCCUUGGGAAAAGACAUUGAUUUACAACCAUGUUCACAAGACCUUCACAUUUGGAAACACUCAGCUUCUGGACAGUUCUCCACAAAGCCCUCUUACAAAACUUCAUCAGUUCAGUUGGCUUUGAGCCAUGGAAACGACUAUGGAGAUCAUGGGAUCCUUUUUUAUGCUAGUUUUUCCUAUGGCUUGACAUCUGCAGUCCUUUCUGGACCUCGGAACGGUUAGCAACACGUGAUCUUCCUCACACAGAUCGCAGUCCAUUAUGUGAUCAAGACAACGAGAUGGCCCAGUACAUCCUUUCCAUUUGUGUUUUCGUAAGGGAGGUAUGGUCACAGCCUCUAUCACAUCUUGACCUUUCUGCACUAGCUCCAAACCACGAUGACGUGGUGUGUUUGCAGACUGGUGGCGCCAAGCGCAUUGUAGAGUUGAGAAGAGGCACAAGGAAGGCUAAUUCCCUUAUAAUUCUGUACACAUGGUGGAUCUGGAAACAAUGGAAUGCUUAUUUCUUCAAUGGAGUGCCUCAAAAUGGUCAACGUGGUGGUAUGGGAAAUCACCGAUGAGGCCAAGCUUUGGUGUCUGUUGAGAGCAAAAGGACUAAGCGCCUUAUGGCUUGCUUAGUUCCUGAUCAUUUGGUCGUUCCUACUGUACUGUGUGGUGCUUGGUGUGUCUGAAGUAGUGUUUCUGAUCAUGUCUGAAGUAGGUAUUUGGUCGUUCCUACUGUACUGUGUGGUGCGUGGUGCGUCUGAAGUAGUGUUUCUGAUCAUGUCUGAAGUAGGUCUGGACUUGGACCAUCUUUUCUCUAUUUGAUACAAAGAUACACAGCUCUCCUACGCGUUCAGGAAAAAAAGUAUGGGCAUGGAUUUAUCUUUUGAACAUUUUGGAUGACUCAGCAAUCUGUAGUUGCUUCGCUUCUGUCUGCCAUGAAAUUAGCUUUAGCAGAUCAUUUUUUUCCUCAAUGCAGUAUUUGUAACAGCACUUCGUAGGUUGUGAAACUGCAGUACUUUUUCUAGCAUA